UUCCGCCAGGGCGCGCGGAAGUGUGGAGUGCGCAUGCACACGGGGCCGCGGACUAUGGCCACCUCCUCCGUGUCUAAGGGCUGCUUUGUGUUUAAACCAGACUUCAAAAAAAGAAAGGUCUUUGUGCCAAUAGAGGAUUAUUUUAAUAAUGAGGAACUUGACUCUGAGGACAGUAAACUUCGAUUUGAAACAUAUAGCUUGCUAUGGCAACGGAUGAAAUCUGAAACAGAGCAAUUACAGGAGGAAUUAAAUGAAAAUCUGUUUGAUAACCUAGUUGACUUUCUGCAGAAGUCCCAUCCUGAAUUCCAGAAAAAUUCAAGAGACUGGGGCUCUCAAAUGAAAUUCAGAGAAAUUCCAACAGCUGCUCUUAUUCUUGGUGUGAAUGUCACGGAUCAUGAUGUGAUACUCAGAAGUCUAACAGAGACCCUUCAGAAUAAUGUCACACCAUAUGUAGUCUCACUGCAAGCUAAGGAUUGUCCCGAUGUGAAACAUUUUUUACAAAAGUUUACCUCACAGUUGAUGGACUGCUGUGUAGACAGGCAUUCCAAGGAGGUGACAAGUGGUAAGGCCCUGAAGAAGACAAAUUAUUCAAUGGAUUCCCUUUGUAGUUGGUAUUCGGCAGUCACACAGAAAGCAGACCACAAAGUGACAAUCAAAAAGAGGACAGCAUCUGGCCAUUGGCGGUCCCCUCCUGUGGUGCUUAUCUUAAAGAGCAUGGAGAGUUUCACCAGCAAAGUCCUCCAAGACUUCAUAACUAUCAGCAGUCAGCAUCUGCAUGAGUUUCCGCUAAUUCUGAUUUUUGGGAUCGCCACAUCUCCUGUUAUUAUCCACCGACUGCUUCCUCAUUCAGUGUCAUCGCUGUUGUGUGUAGAACUGUUCCAGUCUCUGUCUUGCGAGCAACACCUGACAGUAGUUCUUGAUAAGCUACUUCUUACACCUCAGUUUCCCUUUAAACUAAGUAAAAAGGCAUUACAGGUUCUGACCAACAUCUUUUUGUAUCAUGAUUUCUCAAUUCAAAGCUUCAUCAAAGGAAUUAAGCUUUCUCUACUAGAACAUUUUUAUUCCCAGCCCCUAAGUGUUCUGUGCUGCGAUCUCUCAGAAGCCAAGAAAAGAGUAAAUGUUUUCUCAGUUAGUCAAUGUGAAAACAUCCGCCGCCUUCCUUCAUUUAGGAGGUACGUGGAAAACCAGCCUUUGGGAAAGCAAGUGGCACUGCUGACAAAUGAGACCUUCUUAAAGGAGAAAACUCAAUCAUUGCUGGAAGACCUGCAUGUUUACCAUAUCAAUUACUUCCUUGUCUUGAGAUGUCUUCAUAAUUUUACCUCUUCUCUUCCCAAGUACCCACUGGGUCGACAGAUUAGGGAGCUGUAUUGCACAUGUUUAGAAAAGAAGAUAUGGGAUUCGGAGGAGUACAAGUCAGCCUUGCAGCUGCUGAGAAUGCUGGCAAAGGAUGAACUGGUGAGCAUACUUCAGCGCUGUAUUGAGGUUUUAGAUUCCUCUACUGAAAAGCAGCUUGGCAACACAACACAGAAAAUAAAGGAUUUCCUGACCCAGUUUCAGAACCUCGAUGCAGAUAGCAAAGAGGAAGAGGAUGCCUGUGGAUCACAGCCAAAGGGGCUGCAGAAGACAGACCUGUAUCACCUUCAGAAGUCCUUACUAGAAAUGAAAGAGCUAAGGAGAACUAAGAAGCCAACCAAGUUUGAAAUGCUCAGAGAAAAUGUUAUGAACUUCAUCGACAACUUAGUGAGAGACUACCUUCUGCCUCCUGAGAGCCAGCCUCUGCAUGAGGUAGUGUACUUCAGUGCUGCCAACACACUCCGUGAGCACUUAAAUGCUGCUCCAAGAAUCGCUCUUCACACUGCACUCAACAACCCAUACUAUUACCUGAAGAAUGAAGAACUGGAAGGAUGUAUUCCAAAUACUGCCCCUGACAUCUGCAUAGCAUACAAACUGCACCUGGAGUGUAGCCUGCUGAUCAACCUCGUCGACUGGGCAGAGGCUUUUGCAACAGUUGUGACAGCUGCUGAGAAAAUGGAUGCAAAUUCUACAGUCUCAGAAGAAAUGAGUGAAGUUAUUCAUGCUCGAUUUAUUCGAGCUGUUUCUGAAUUAGAACUUUUAGGCUUUAUAAAACCUACGAAACAGAAGACUGACCAUGUUGCAAGGCUUACAUGGGGAGGCUGUUAAACAGCAAGAGAGUGAAGACAAGAAGAGUUCCAUGUCCAACUUGCAUAUUUGUAUCAAAACGUUUUUGGAGUACUUCAAAGACUAACAAAUGCAUAAAGCCUUUAUAUGUUAUCAGUAUACAUUGCUUCAUUCUUGCUUGUCUAGUGUGUAAAUGCUAGAACUUCUUACGCAUAGCUCUCAGCAGCACCCCAAACGCCAGCACACUGUAAAGUUAGACACUGUAAACAUCUUUCAGGUGUUUUCCUUGCUAGAAAGGCUCUAAAAUCACCUCAGCCUCUCCAUUUCUUAUAAUCUUGGCAACUUACCAGGCCCAAAGCUAUUUGGCUUUAUACUUAAUAAACAUUCAUAUGAACAGCCACGGAGACUUACAACCAGUAAGGGCCUUCACAAACUGCUCCCCUAACUUACAAAACUCAGAAAUGUAAAGGUCCAGUGAAAUAAUAUCGUAUCUUUCAUGACAAGAACUUAAGAAUCAGACACAUAAAACUCAUUAUUUAAUGUUCAACUCUCAAGAGAAUUGUACCAAAAUUGUUCACAAAUGAUUCAGAGAGUCCAUGUCCAGAAAAAAAUUUAAAAGCCUCUGACUUGUGUUGCAAGGUAUAUGCAAGAUUAUGAUCCUUUCUCCAUGCCCCCCAUCCCGAAGUGCUAAGAUUAUAAGGAAUUUACAUUAUGCCCAGACGAGAAAACAGGUCUUUAAACAACACAACAUUUUGUGCAUAUAAAAUACAGAGGAACUGGUGUUAAUACUGGCAUAUUUUUAUCUUGUCUGAGGCAUGUUUUCUUUUCCUAGGCAUUGCCUGCAUUUGUGCGUGUGUGCACAUUGACUUCUCAUACUAUCAAAAGGACCUGUAGGACUGAACCAUUAAACUGAUUGUGUGUAAUUACUUGGUAUCCUAUAAAAACUCAAUCCUUCAUUGAGGUGCCUGGCACUUACUAGAUAUUUUAGAAACAAGAUCAGUGUUUUCCUUGUCCUUUAUGUAGCAAAGCAGACCUCACUUGAGCAAAAGUAUAGGAAUGAAAAAAACUACCCAGGAGGACUUAUGGGUGACCCCACUAGGCAGGCAACAGCAGUAACCAAUAUCCUAGGAUGGGGACACCAAGACAGAGACAGCUAGGAUGGAUCAGGGGGUUCAAAUAAUAGGAAUUGAAUGAGUAGGACAAGAGUGCAGGUAGUGAAGCUUUGUUUUCUUCGGUCAGAAGCAAAAGGGUAAAGCCUUUCAAUGAUCAACACGUGUGAGAACAGUGAGGCCUGAUGCAGCAAAGCAACCACUAGUUAGCUGACCAAGAGCAGCGGGGUUGGUGUCACUGUUGAUUAACUACAAUUAGAUGCACAUUUAGAUCCUUAAAAUCCCUUCUGCUUAUAAACUAGAAGCAUUGCUAUCAGUGGGCUGCUAUGGCUACUGCUCGGUGGUGGGAUCUCUAAGAACUAAGGUAUAAUGGGAAGUCUGCGAGUGUGGCCGCAAGGAAAAUGGGAGGAUCCAACAGUCCUCUUUAUUCUUUUGCUUCCUGGCUGAUGAGCUAACAGUUUAGCUCUAAACUGGACUCUAGUCAUGUCUUCUGCCUCAACUGAUCAUACGCCUUCAAAAUGCAAUUGAAAUAAACUUCCUGACUAGAUAAACCUGAGUAUUUUAUUGUAGUUAUGGAAGGCUAAUUGAAAGAAACAGCAGCAAAACUGAGUUUGGCUUUGGCUAUAACAAUCAGGAGAGAUUCUGGUGAAAUGCUACACAGUAAGGUGAGCAGAAUCUUGUUUAGAGAUCACCAACGUCAGCACUGAAGAGAGGCAAGGAGAUCAAACUCCAGCGUUGAGGUUUAUGCUUAUUUGUAGGUAAAAAUUCAAGAGAACAUUAAAAGUGAAAGGAAUCAGGCAAGUAUCUUAGAAGCCAACUGAAGACUUUGAAGCUCAUAUAUGAAUAGAGUAAACAAUGCGGUAAUCUUAGGUAACUUGGUUAAUUGACCGAGCCAAGUAUCAAACUGACCAGUAAGCGGGGGAAAAAGCCAUAUGCUAAUACUUUAUAAUACGGACUCCAUAACAUCACUUUACAGUCUUAACCAAAAGGCUUACCCCAACACUAAAACUAAACAUUAAUAAAGUUCACAAGUGAGGAACUUGCUGUUCUUCUAAAAGACCAGAAGUGGGUUUGUAGCAACCACAUCAGAUUUUUCAAAACUACCUAGCUCCAAGGGAUCUACCACCCUCUUUGGCCUCUGUGGGCACUUGCACAUCCAUGUGGACACAUACAAGUAUUAAAACUUUUAAAUCUGCAUUCUAGUUUAUAACUUCAAAAAGGACAGGUCAUGUUAAUGGUAGCACAAAGAAAUACUCAACUUAGUCUUUCCAGAAAGUUGUAAUCUUGGUUGAAUCCUUGUGGGGGAAGAGAGGAGGGGUUGGGGUGCUAAAAGCAUUUAGAAAACAGAGAAAUACAAAUGUAGACAGCAUCUACCUCAAGUGGCCAGCGCUGAGGUUAGAGAGAAGCAUAUGUGUUUAGACAACUUCCCAACACAGCUUAGCACUUUCUACUUGAAAAAAUCAAGUAGGAAAUGACACUAAUCUUUCAACUUCUGUGAUGAGUGUUUUCCUAACAAGUUGAGGGCUAUAUUUGAAAGAUAACGUGAAGAUUUUUGUUGACAUAAUGGGAAAGGGGAGAGAUACCAUUAACACUCUAGAAUGUACAGAUACAUCCCAAAGUACCAAUAGCAUUGAGGCUGAAAUCUAAGUGUGAGAUUAGUUCACUUUACAUCCAGCUGCCCCAUUCUAUAACUUGUGUUUCUUGUGUACUAAUGGAUUUGGAACUGCCUGACAAUCUUGUGAAAGCCACAGAGCACACUCUGGGUGCUUAUUUUUAAAUGAGGUUAUUAGUAAGUUAAAAAUGAAAUAUUGUGUUUUAAGAUUAGUCUAAUGACAGGAAGUAUGCUAUUAAAAUUCAAAGGGAGCCAGAGAGGUAGCUCAGCAGUUAAGAAUGUUUGCCACUCUUGCAGAGGACUUAAGGGAUUUUGGUUCCUAGCCUCAACAUGGGCAGCUCAACAACUGGCUGUCUUAUGGCCUCAGGCACAUAAGCGUAUACAAAUAAAAUCUUUUUUUUUUUUUUAAAAUUGAAAAUAAUUCACUGAGCAAGACUGAGGGGGUGGCCUUUAACCUCUAAUCCUGUCUCAACUACCAAGAUGACAAAUGUGUGGUUAGUACUUUCAGCUUUCUCACUACUUUGUAUACAUUUAAUUUAGUCAUUCACUGUGAUAUUAUUUAAUGUUUUAUGUAUGUGUGCUUGCCUGAGUAUAUAUGUGUGUACUGUGUGCAUGGAGUUCAGAAAAGGCAUCAGUUGGUGAGCUGUUAUAUAGGUUCUGGGAACCAAACAAGGGUCUUCCAAAAAAGCAACCUGAGCUCUUCUGAGCCUCUCUCCAGCCCUUAAGAUGUUAACUUUUUCAUCUCAACAGUACCUAGGAUUUUCUAAAUCUUAACAAGGCUUGUCUAGAUCAGUUUAGCCUGUAAGCAUGUCUGUGAGUGACUGAAUUGCCUUAACCAAUCAGGAAGAGAGCCAACCAGAAGUGGGUGGAACCAUCCACUAAACUUAGUACUUAAACAUUUACUGAUGGCUCUCUGCUCUUACUUGUGGCUACAAGUUCCUGCAGUUUUGAUUUCCCCACAGUGAUAGACUGCAACCUGGGAUUUUGAGGUAAAGUAAAAUAAACACUUAAUACCCUAAACUGCUUUGUGUGGGGUUACUUUAUCACAUCAACUAGAGCGACCAUGUGUUCAUCUAUCACAUUGUUCAAAAAAAUCAAAACUGGAUUCAAAGGAAAGGUCUACAGCUGUUUUAGAUCUUGUUAUAGAACAUGCUGUUAUACAGCAAGUUACAGAAGCAGUUUUGAAUCAUAAUUUCUGAAAACAGCAUUUAAAAGGUAAAUAAUGCCAGAAAACUAACUUUGUGUUGAUUUCUAGAAAAUACUUAACAUUUAAACACUACUUUAUUCCAAUACUACCCAUGUGUACAAUUCGGAAACAGGCAGAAUAGAAGUAAAUGUUUUAUUUUUCCAACUAAACUCCAGUGCUACAAGGGUAGUAAAACAAUAAUACACUGGGGAGGAGGUGCAGCAAUAAACAUUUGUUAAAAAGACUGAUAGAAUAAAUAAAACUACC